CAUCUUGUUUACAAAAUGAGACGUUUCUAUGCAAGAGAUCUAAAAUGUGUCCUUUUCCCCCCUCUCUUUUCAGCAAACAAAACAUUGCUGGGUGGUGGUGGAGUGGAUGGAGCCAUCCAUCGCGGGGCUGGGCCUCUGCUGAGGAAGGAAUGCAUCACUCUUGGAGGCUGUGAAACGGGGGAGGCCAAGAUCACCGGAGCCUACGGCCUGCCAGCUAAACAUGUGAUCCACACCGUGGGACCAAUAGUCUUCGGCGGAGUGGGUGCCAAGGAGCAAGACGCCCUGCGAGACUGUUACCUCAACAGCCUCAAAACAGCUGUGCAGAAUGAGCUGAGGACAGUGGCUUUCCCUUGUAUCUCCACUGGAGUCUAUGGGUAUCCACCAGAGGAGGCAGUGGAAGUGGCGUUGGCCACAGUGAGAGAAUACCUGGAUGAGCAUCAUGAACAGCUGGACCGGAUCAUCUUCUGUGUCUUUCUGAAGUCGGACGCGGAUCUCUAUCAGCGCAAUCUCCCUCUCUAUUUCCCUCAGGCUCAGUCUGCUGACCAAUCAGAGAGCCCCACUGAUGGACAGGAUCCUCUGUGAAAAGCAAGCUAUGAUUGCCUGUCACGGUUGCCGUGGAUACGCUACACCACCCAUCAUGGUUUUGCCUGACCUCCUCCUCCUGCUCCUCUUCUUCUUCUCCUCCUCCUGCUCUCUGCUUGCUUUAUUAUUUUUAUUCGCUCUCCCCUCUGUAGAAAAUCACACGUACAUGUGUAAUUACUGCGGUACCGCAGGGAAACACUUCCAGACGGAGGGCUCAGCCCAGGCACAACACCACCCGCCACCUUCCUAAGCAAGACAUGUUCGCAAAAUACCACGUAGGGUCAAUAACUGCUAUUAGGCACACAGUGUCAAGUGUAGCACUUCUGGCUGCAGCUUAGAGUAAAACUAGCUAAUGUGGAGAUUAUACAAUUGUACCUUUGUGUUGGGUAGAAUUCUAGCAUUGGUUUUAACCUAGAUAUCAGGUGCUCCUGGUAUUUAUGCAGCUUGUGAUUUCAUCUAAUAAUGUAAGUGUUAAUGAGGUGGAAAGAAGCGUCGAAAUAGGUGGAAUAUUAAUGUUGACGUUUGACUGCUUUUGAUAAGUGCUGUCUGACAUGGUUCACACCACAGUGAGCCAUCAUGGACAUUUUCAUUAUAGCUCGUUUUCUACUGAUCACUCUGUGAGCCUGCAGUUUGUUUAAUUCAUGAGAUUCUUAUUAAAACAUAUUCUUUAAUAGGAGGGAUGCAUUUGAGUGGAUUUGAAAUGAUGUUUGUAAUAUUAAUAGCCAAAGAUGUGAUUUGUACUUUCUAAUCUGUUUCUACUCUGGCUAAAUAAACAUUUGGCACCACACAGAGAAGGGUUGCCUUAUGGGCACAUAUAAGUUAUUGAACCUAUUAGGCCCGUGGAAAUGGAAGCCUCUGUAAUGUAGGCCCAUGAUCUCAACACUUAGCCUACAAUUAAAUAAUUGUUUUUUUCCUCUCUACCAUUUCACUGUAUGUCUGCAAGCCUGAUGAAAGAAUCUCAUUAAAGUCAAUUCUUUUGGAAAACUAA